GAAAAAUGAAUCUUUUGAUAGAAAAAAAAGAAAUUAAAAUUUAAAAUACAUUCGGUAUGGGUCUUUUGACAAUUUUAAGAAAGAUGAAACAAAAAGAACGUGAAGUUCGGUUAUUAAUGUUAGGUCUUGAUAAUGCUGGCAAAACAACAAUAUUAAAAAAGUUUAAUGGUGAAGACAUUGAUGAAAUCUCCCCGACACUAGGGUUCAACAUUAAAACCCUGGAACAUAGAGAUUUCAAACUGAAUAUUUGGGAUGUUGGUGGUCAGAAAUCAUUGCGUUCAUACUGGAGGAAUUACUUUGAGAGUACGGAUGGUUUGAUAUGGGUGGUCGACAGUGCUGAUAAAGGAAGAUUAGAAGAUUGUAAAAAGGAAUUGAAAUCAUUGCUGCUGGAAGAGCGAUUGACUGGUGCAACGCUUCUUGUCUUUGCAAAUAAACAAGAUCUACCUGGUGCUUUAACAGCCGAGGAAAUAAAAGAAAUAUUAGAGCUUGAUUCAAUCAAAACUCAUCACUGGCAAAUUCAAUGGUGCAGCGCAGUUACUGGUGAGAACUUACUGUGUGGUAUUGAUUGGUUGAUUGAUGACAUAGCAUCGCGUGUUUUUACAAUGGACUGAUAGGGAUACUAGUACAUCUUCCC